ACUUGUUCUUCCAGGGGAGAGACGAUAGGAGAGAGUUAGUUUGCAGGCAUAGCAUAGGGUCGAUCGAUCCAUCGAUAACGAGUAGAGAUGGGUUCUCUGAUGUCUGGCUGGAGCUCAUCAGUACUGACUGACAAGGAAGUUCGUCUGAUGAGGAACCGGUCGCUGACCAACGACGAGGUGGAGGCGUUCUGGAGGAAGCACGGCGGGAGGCCGGCGGCGGAGAACGGCGAGGCGUUUGCAGGCGGCUCCCCGCUCGCCGGCUCCCCCCGCGGGGGCCACGCGACGACCUCGCCGCUGCCCUCUCCCCGCGCGCAGGAGACGACGACGAUCCCGCUCGCCGCCAGGCAACUGAAGGCGCUGAGGUCCAUGCCUCCGCUGCGCGGCGGGAUGAGGAGCGACGACCUGUGCUCGCCGUGCGCCGGCCAGCACGCCCGGCACUUGUAUCCCGGUAGCGAGCCGUCCUCACCGGCGACGACCGCCCGCGGCGGGGGCUGCUUCCUCCACGAGAACGCCGACGUCGACGACGACGAUACCGCCAGCACGAGCCGCAGCUGGUGGACUCGGAGCAGCUGGGCGUUCCUGAACGAUCCGCCCAAGGAGGAGGUGCUGCUCGGCAGGGCGCAGAUGAGCUUCGCGUGCGACCAGUUCCACGCCGCCCGGAUCGUCACCGGCAACGUUAACGCCUAAUAAGCUAGCGCGCGCACGUCCCACCCUGCACACGUGCGCGUGCGUGUACACAUCUCUUCGUGUUGUGUAGCUUGUGCUCGUUGCCCUUUAGGCUCGAGACGAGUGACCACCUUUUUCUCUAGCUACGUGUAAACAAGUAUAAACACGUACGUGCAUGUAAUGGCAUGGCAUG